AUGCGCGAAUUUGAUCUAUGCGCGGCUACUUUGUUAGUAUUUACACAGUCUCCAGGUGGCUUGGCAACAAGCGAACAAGAUAUCAACAAACAAUGCGUUCAUCUAAAAGACACAGACAGUUGUCUAAGGAACUAUACAAGACGUUGCAUGACGCCAAUGCAACGUGGAGUGGUCACAAUGACCGCUAAUGCAUCGUUUCAGAUGCUCAACGAGUAUUGCACGCCUAGAAGUCAUUUGCGCACCAACUACCUGAAACACGCGUCAUGUUUAAACCAGGUACAGAAGAAGGAACAAAAGAGUUGCACCCGAGAUUUGCAGGCUUCUCUCGAGAUGCUUGGUGGAAGCGGUGGCGGUGCUGAUGGAGGAUCUGUUGCUGUUGGUAAACGUCUUCAACUCAUGUGUUGUACCUACAAACGUUUUGAAUCUUGUUUGGCUGGACAGCUAGACAAAAGGUGUGGUAAAGAGGCUGUUAGCUUCGUAAACGGUCUGUUACGCAGAGCUACAUCGCGUUUGCCAGAAACCAUGUGCCGCAACUAUAAACCUGAUAGCGGCGAAUGCAAAGCACUUUUACCGAGGACUGGAACAAUUCCAAAAGGCGCCAAAUCAACUUCAAUCUUAUCGCGACUAUUGUCUGCUUAUACAGGUCUUUAA